GCACCUCAGCUUUUGUGAACCAAGGGGUGCUCGAUAAAAUCCAUCAUACCUCCCUCACCCUCCUCCGCGCUGACCUCCGCUUCACUCUAAUCUGACCAAACCUUUUCUUCCUCCUCGACUUCACAUGAGCUCGAUAGGAAGCAUUCCCGACAAGCACAACUAUCACCGUCACCGCCGUACAUAACAACACAUCACACACUACCUCGCCAUCUCGAUCAUGGAGAGCCUCCAGCUUUCUCAGGUGCUCGCCGACCUUAGCAACCUCGGCGCUGCUGAAUCUGAAGCCGCCACUGCCAUCGUCACGGCGAACCUCCCCUCUACAAGCAACCGCACCACGACCGACGCACAAGCAUCCACCUCACACUCAACGCCUUCCGCUCAUAACUCACGACGCCCUUCGGGCAUCCAGCGUCACUGGUCCUCAGAGGGCAAGUUUGACAAGUUUGGCCGCCGAAUCCUCUCACCCAGUUCUCUACCCGGCUCAGCUGGCAAUUCCAUCCCCGGCACUCCUCGCCGUGGUGAAUCUGAUUUUGAAGAUGACAUCGACCGAGCCUCAACCCUCAUAACGCUCUACGACAUUCGAUCCAAGAUCAAGCAGCAGGACAACAGCAGCCUGAUCAAGGCCCGUGAGAAGAUCAAUGCCCUCGCUGCGCGGCAGCAGGCUCAACAAGCCGCCGAGCGCAACAUGAAGGCGGCCGACGAGCUUCGACGCCAGCGAUACUCUUUCCCCAGGGCUGGUCUCUAAACGCCGAAUCCUUGACGAAUUCCUUUACACUUACUUAUAUGAUGGACGAUUCUGGUCGUUACGAAGGGCAACGGAGUUGGGGAUACUGAAAUUUUUGUCGCUUUUCAUCAUGUCUCAUGACGGCGUUUUUGGUGCCUAAAAGCAACUUGCCGUCAAUCUUCUGACAGCGACUCUCCUCUCGAUGAUUACCAUGAAAGACGGCUUUCGCCUUGUCUCUGGAAUCUGGAUGUAGUGGCGUCCUCGGUGACGAUGGAUGGAUUUACUGGACUUGAGCGACAUGGAUGGCAAUGAAUGGACUGGAAGGCAUGAAAGGGAUACCGAGCCUUGUAUAC